UGAGAAAUAUGAAACAGUUGGUUGAUAAAACUCAUUCAGACAACAGGAUUUGAAAGGAUCACGCUCAGCGUUUGAGUUAAAGGAGCCUUUGAGGUAAAAUUCUCUCUUCAAAGUGAAACCGCCAGAGGGGCAACUAGGCUUAUAGUCUGCGCUGGCUUCAGUGUUAUUCCGAGCUUUUUCGUGACGAAUGUUGUUUUGUCCGUGUGUGGACUUAAUGUUGCAUCGAAAUUUUAAUGUUUGUUCUACGUAUUAAUGUUAAUGGAUAACCGUUCAAGUCUGUGAUUAUUGCACACCCUGACCUUGGAUGAAAUUUCUCAAAGUGAAUGAACUCGUCAAUUUAUGAGUACUACAGUGAGUGACACAAUGUGGAUCAGUGCAGCUUUCUGGCCAUGUCAGUUUCAUUAAAGACUAUGGGCAUGCCAGUAUGAGCCCUGGAGCUGAAACUAGCAUGAGCAACGCAGUUGGAAAAGCCGAUCGGACAGGCUAUCACUUGAAAGCCCUGCAAGAAAUUCGCAACUCUCUCAGACCCUUUGCCACCGAGAAUGGUAGUCCUCUGCCUACCAUACCUAAAGAUGGACACAUUUCCUACCAACAACACGUUUACCCUUAUUCAACUUCUUCUUCUGGAUACAUAGAGCAUGAAAAUGGAAGCGACGGCUACUUACAGCGGUCCGACGGCCAAAUUCUGCAACGCUCCGCUACGACAGGAGCGUUUCCGCCUUCAUCCGGGCAGCAGGUACACCGGAAACCGAGUUUUGAGCGAGAACCCAGGAGCAGUCCGGCUUUUGAUACCAGUUCGGCCGCUUCAUCUAACCGUUCUGAUAGCCCAGCCUAUUUUAAUGGUCUGGGACUCGUUCGUGGUCACGUAGCACCCGAAGCACCGCCUUAUUCGUCAAGAAAUGCCUACCCGUCGUCGUCAGAUCCGCCACCUCCACCACCGCCGCCUCGAGGUGCCACUCCGCCACCUCCUCCUUUGCCCCCACCUCCAUCGGCUGCAUCUAAAUCAACAAACAGCCAACAUUAUCCUAGCAACUUUCAACAGAUGCUCAAACGAAUGUCACCCGUGCCUAAUGCACCACCUAUUCCGGGACCCCGUGGGACCAGUCCGGCUCCAGCUCUUCCGCCCGGUCGGCUUCCGCCCCUCGUCGUUCAAAAUGGACCCCAAGCACAAGCUCAGCUAACUCAGCAGAUGCAAGCUUUAAACAUGUACCAACAGCAACAACAAUCCAGCAAUGGCAGCAGCCCAUUGCCACCGUCUUCUGCUCCACCCCCUCCUUAUCCCACCGGAUCAGCUUCUAAAUUAGUAGCUCCUCCUCCGCCUUAUCGAGGACCGGAUAGCGGAUUAUCUAACCGACAAAGCCCGACGCUUCCCAGCCCAACUGGCAAAAGUCCGGCUCCCUUCCCACCACCAACCUCGUCGUCGUCAGUUCAAGCCGGGGGGAGAUGUCCACCCAACCAAGCCUGGCCACCCCGUCAACCACCCAUCACUGUCAAAAGCAUGCAGGUUCAAAAACCGAUACUGCAAACAGCUGUAGCGCCGUCAGGUCCUCCUCAAUCAUCAAGUUCACCUCCACCACCGCCUAUCCCGGUCCGUUCAAAUCCGGCCGUUUCAGCCUCGCCUCCGCCACCUCCGCCUCCUUAUUCUUCUUCCGGCUAUGCAUCCAGUAGCUGCCCUUCGCCAUCAUCAUACGCUCCUAUGGCCUCUCCAAGUCCGCUAUCUUUUUCCAGCACGCCGUCUCCAAUCCCUAGCAGUCCGGCGCCGGUCAACGUCCCAACGACUGAUCCACCAAGUUAUGCAUCGACCAUGCAGGCCUUGGCUGCUCAAAGACAGCAUGGGACAACCCCCACUAACGCCACGAAUGUCCUUGCCGUCAAUGGAUAUAAUUUAUCCGCAACUCCUCCGCCGCCCCCACCUUAUCCUUCCUCUAUGGCAAAUGGUGGAACUGGACUUGCUCAGCAGGUAGAAUCACAGGGUUCACCUCACGCUCAGUUACCUCCAAAACCGGGGCAGCGCCGGUUUUCACCAUUGACUCUUGAGACUCCAUCUUCGCGCUCUGAGAGUCCAAUGUCUUCAGCAGCAUCGCAGUGUGAUUCGGGACGCCAUGGCGGUCCGAGCCAAUCACCAGUGAGUUUUAUUUCUUCAUCUGCACCUUCGGAGGGAACGCAAGAUUCGGGACUUGGAAUGAGCACUAAGAACGAUUUGAAUGGCCAUAGUGCACCUUCCAGUGCCAAUGGGGAGGAUGGUAAAGAUGACAUGCCACCUCCUCCGCCUCCCCCUUACAAGUUGACGCAUCAGUCACCCAUCCCGGAACGUAAACAUAUCUCACGAGAAAGGGAAGAAGAAAGGCGAGAAUCUAGCGUACGCAACUAUUCACCCCAGGCCUUUAAAUUCUUCAUGGAACAGCACGUUGAGAAUCUUCUUAAGUCGCAUCAACAGCGAAUGGAACGUCGCAUGCAAUUGGAAACUGAGAUGAAAAAGAUUGGUUUGUCCGAGGAGGCUCAAUGUCAGAUGAGGCGGAUGCUAUCACAAAAGGAAUCUAAUUACAUCCGUUUGAAGCGAGCCAAGAUGAACAAAGCCAUGUUUUUGAAAAUCAAAGCAAUUGGAGUGGGAGCAUUUGGUGAAGUGGCUUUAGUACGUAAGAUUGACACCAAUAAUCAUCUCUACGCUAUGAAGACGUUAAGGAAAACAGAUGUUCUUAAGCGCAAUCAGGUGGCUCACGUCAAAGCCGAACGAGACAUUUUGGCUGAAGCCGAUAAUGAAUGGGUCGUCAAGCUCUACUACUCGUUUCAGGACAAGGAUAAUUUGUAUUUUGUGAUGGAUUACAUCCCUGGUGGCGAUUUGAUGUCACUUCUAAUCAAACUCGGGAUCUUUGAAGAACCUCUUGCAAGGUUUUAUAUAGCUGAAUUAGUAUGCGCUGUGGAAAGCGUACAUAAAAUGGGUUUUAUUCACCGUGAUAUCAAGCCAGACAACAUUCUUAUUGAUCGUGACGGUCAUAUUAAAUUGACUGACUUUGGGCUUUGUACUGGUUUCCGCUGGACGCACAAUUCAAAAUACUAUCAACGCAAUGGCGAUCAUUCAAGACAAGAUUCUUUUGAUCCGGGAGAAGAUUGGACCAAUGAGUGCCGUUGUAAUAAUGCAGUCGGAGGUAAUUGCAACUCUCUUGGCACAACGCACAUUACAGGUCAUCCGCCUGUACUGAAAACGUUGGAAAGACGCCGACGUCGCGAACACCAACGCUGCUUGGCACACUCGCUGGUUGGAACGCCAAACUAUAUUGCACCGGAAGUGCUCCUACGUACAGGCUAUACCCAGCUCUGCGACUGGUGGAGCGUUGGUGUCAUCUUGUAUGAAAUGUUAGUUGGGCAGCCACCUUUUAUGGCUAAUACUCCGGCUGAAACCCAGUACAAGGUUAUCAACUGGUCGACUACGUUGCAGAUCCCUAAUUACGCCAACUUGUCUCCGGAAGCUGCAGAUUUGAUUGUUCGUCUUUGUACGUCUGCCGACCAACGAUCCGGUAGGGGUGGUGCCGGUGAACUGAAGACGCAUCCUUUCUUCAACGGUGUUGACUUUGAGGGCGGCCUUCGCAGCAAAACAGCUCCUUAUAUCCCGAAAAUUCGUUUUGCUACUGACACGUCCAAUUUUGAUCCGAUCGUGCCGGACAAAUUGCGGAACAGUGCGGAUGAAGAUAAAAUGGACAACACGCUGGAUAACGGAAAACACCCGGUCCACGCAUUCUUUGAAUUUACUUUCAGACGGUUUUUUGACGAUGGCGGUCACCCUCGAAUGAAUCCUGAUGAUAAUGAAGCCAAUCACGGGCCCGUCUAUGUCUAAUUAACGAGUGUAUACGUUUGUGUGAUCGAUUCACGCUCCAUUAUCCUCACUGAAAAAAAAACCUUAUCGUGAGGCUCCAACCAACCAAACCAAAACAAAGCUUUUUUUCCCUUCUACGUUUUUAAAAGGCACACGCUUCAAAUUGUUAAAAAAAAUGAAGGCAGCAAAAUUCCAUUCGGUUUCGACGUAGCAACAGCUUCUGAUGCUGUAUUAACCGACUGUUCCACAACUAGGAACUGAAUCUCGCGAUGUUGCUGCCGUCUCCCCUAGAUCACAGUGUCCAAAGAAUACUCUGCCCCACCGUUUUUGAACCGCAAAUCAAAUUGCUAAAUCCCCCUCCCUUUUAUAUAUAUGUAUCUUUCGAAAUAUUUCGAGUUGGUGGGUGAUGGGUUGAGGAAUUGACUUUUUUGGCUGCCUUACGAAUCAGUGUUUUAAUUAUUCUUGUAUGCCAGUGUAGGACAGUAAUUUUUUUUUCUAAGAACAACCUUUUUCUUAUUGGGAAGGUUUCAGAUUUUGGGUACGUCCAUAAAUUGUCAUGACGUUAUAUUUGUUGUCAAAUUUUCCUUCUGAUUAAUCCUUCAUUAUGUAUCCUCCUCCCCCCAUUUAGGACCCCGUUACAGACUUAUCAAUCUUCUUUACAUUGUAAAGAGCUGCCGUUUAGAAGUUUGCGCACAGGGCCUUCGGCCAAGCGUGACGAAUGUGUAUUUUCGAUUCCGUGUUGUAUCUGAAGCCAUCCGUUACGGCUACUAAACCAACUGCGGAAUUCGUGCCUUUUUUGCGUGAGCCUGUCGAACGGCCCAUGCCUUGUAAUCUGUUGUAUAUUGUAUGCUAUUGUGUAAUUACAGUGAUCCAUUUAACGGAUGUUUGGUGGAACAGUUUGUGUGUAAGUGCGUGUAAAUUAAAUCUGUAAGAGAAAUAAAGUGUGUUUUUAACUUGAA